UUGUAUUCGACGACGACGAGAAAAAUAUGCCGGGAAAUUUGUAUUUUUCACUUCAGUCUGUAUCUGCCAUUUGUGGUGAUAUGAUCCUAACCAAAGUGUGUGUCCUUUAAGUUUAUUCAAUUGUUCUUUGCCGGUAAUUUCCGACAGAAUAUUUAAGCUGGUCCUUGCUAGAAUACAAUAAAGUCCUUGUGAACUAGCUCAGUGAAAUCGGAUAUCAAAUCUCCAAGGACUAAAAUUUCAUGCUCUUUAAGUCAGCAUGGGUGAGCGAUUACGUGGCCGUGACGCCCGUAACAAUUCCAACAAGUGUUAUGCCGCCUUCUUCGAAGAAGGGGAUGACGACCCUCACCAUAACUCAGCUAAAACGGCGAAAAUGAAAAUUUCAAGAAGCCCGCCAAAAAAGCGGGAAUCCCCUAAGAAGAGGAGCAAGAGAGCCGCACUAACGACAGUUCAGAAUUCCUUGGAGUUGGGGGUGGCAGUACAUGUGCCGGUGGAUGGUGGUAGUGAUGUUUUAACAAAACAACCGGUGGAAACUUCGUCGGCUUUCGUCGCCAACGUUACUCCUUCAUACAGCCCAAAAGAGUGUGAUCAAAGAACAACGAAGAUGGGGGAAGGACAGUGCGUUGAGGUAUGUGUGGAAGGAAAGAAGGAAGUCGAUGAGGGGGUGGAAGUGGAAGUGAGAGAGCUGAAUGGAGAAGAAAAUAAAACUGAGCACGUGGUUGUUUCUGACGACGACGAAGAAGACAUGAAAAGUGAAAGUUUAAAAAGUAAUAACAACAACAAACGGAAGUUCUCGGCAAGUUCUGAACUUAAUAGUCUUCAGCUUGUGGAACAUUUGGAGGAAGCGAAUGGAGGAGAUGAGGAUAUUAAGAAACUUAAACUUAAUUCGGUUAAGGAUCAAAUGUUUGAGAUUUUCCAACCAUGGGCUCUUAAAACCUACGGAGAUCAAGCCAAAACCAAAACCAUUACGCGACGAAAAAAGAACCGAAUCCUGAAAGCACUUGACGGCAAGGAACAAAACAAUCCUGACAGUUCGAAAUUUCGAUUUUGGGUGAAAUCAAAAGGCUUUACGGUACAACGACCGCAAAACUUUUUUGGAUACUCAUCACCCGGAGAAGUAACAUCAGAAAAAGGAGCAGCGAUAUAUAAGCUAGCAACUGCAGUGGGAGCAUUACAAGGACAGGCUUCGACUGUACAGGAAAUGGACACACAAAAGGAUCAUAUCGAUUUAUAUGUGGCUUCAACUGUUAAGGACUUUGGUGAAAGAGUGUAUAGAAAGGUGGCUGUUGUUGAGGAAUUUUUUGAAAUAAUCUACAACGUUCACGUUGAGCGUGGUGGGCGUAAUGGUCGACAUGCCGGUCAGAAGCGUACUUAUCGCAUUAUAACCGAAACGUACGCCUUCCUGCCACGUGAAGCAGUCACAAAAUUUCUAACCAGUUGUCCGACAUGCAAGAAAAAUCUUCGACCAUUUUCACCGAGUCGUUUUGACGAUACUUUCACCGAAAGUUCUUCAGAAUAUGAAGCUCUUAAUUAUUCAUCACAGAAUGAAAGUUCUGUAGAUAGUCUGCAAUUAGGACCAAUUCGAUCGGUUCGUCGCAAGGCGGAGGGCAAGGCCUCACCGCUUGUUACGAACUCCUAUAGUGAAUGCGUAGAUAUGGCUACUCCAGAAACGAAAUGUGAUAGGAAAAGAUACAAUGAGGCUGUUUUUAACUUCGAUAAAAAUUCUUCAAAGAUUGAGGAACCAACGAAAUUCGAUGAUAAGUUUAAAUUAGGGCAAGAUUUUUUGAGUAGUGAGAAAUUUAGUUUUUUAGAGCGUCCGAAAGUCGGGGAAGGGUACCCUUUUUCAGAAAGAUUUAAUAUGAAUAAUUUGUUGAGACCCGAAUUUUUACAUAAGGGCAUGAUAGGUUUGCAUGGACUUUUUAUGAGAAAUGAACAACUGAAUAUCGACAGUAAAUUCCAUGCCAAUGAAAAAUGGAAUCAAAUGCAUUAUCCAUUGUCACCGAACUACUACCAAUAUUUCGGAAAGCCCCCCAGGACUCCAUGCAACUCUCCUGUGGGGCACAGAGAGCGUAUAUGUGAUAAAAUUCCUGCCGGAACUCCAAAUAACGAAAAUUUAGAUUCGUCCAUUGAUUUGACAAUAAACCAAGCGAGUAGCAUAAACAUAAAUAUUGGUAGCAGUCCGGAUGCCAAGAGUCAAUCUUCUGGAUCAACAAAAAAGCUAAAAUUAGACCACGCCGACGAAGUCUGUUUCAACACUGUGGACGUUUCCAUAAACAUGUUGAAUUCAAGCAAUGAAUUGAAAAUCUCGUGCAAAACAACACCGCCUAAGAAAAGAUACAAUGCAUUUAGGGAUAAGGAAUCUAAUCCUCUUUCUACACUAUCUGCUACGUACUCAAAUACUACGACGGGAGAUAGUGUGAUUGGGGAUGAAAAUUGUGCAAUGAAUUUGAGUAAGACAUUUAGAAGUGAAUUAAGUGAAAUGAAGCCAGCUGCGAUGAAGAUGGCACCGACAGGAUCAACGGUAACAGCUGAGCCUUUUCAAGUUGAUUUGAGUAAGGUUAAACCUAUUACGUCGACAUAUUUGCGGAUGACUCGAAGCUUUGGACUUAGCGAUGAGGAUGCUUUGCGAAUAGAUGAUUUGGAAACACUUCCAACCCCGGGCACUGAUCCAACUCUUCCGGAAACAAAUCCCGAAGAAGCAUACGCCGGCCUUAUGAAAGAUGCUGACAAACUGAAAUUGAUGCUUCUGGCUUGGAAUUACCAAAAUUCAAAUGCCAUCCGGAAUGGAGCAGAAGCUCCAGAUCUGGGGGUUGUCGGAGGUCUUUGGGCACAAUAUCAGAAUGCAUUGGCUCUAAAUGCCAAACAACCGUCAGUUUCUCCAAUCAAUCGAACAGAACAACCAUCACCGAUUGAAAACCAGGACGAAACCAAUUCGUCAGGACAAAAAGAUGAAGAUGACGGAUCAGAAGAUGAUUCUGAUGAUAAACUUGAUCAGAAUGCUCAUGAUCCGGAAAGGCUUAAGGCGUUUAAUAUGUUUGUUCGUUUGUUUGUCGAUGAAAAUUUGGACAGGAUGAUACCGAUUUCGAAACAACCCAAAGAAAAAAUCCAGGCUAUAAUAGAUUCUUGCGCUCGCCAGUUUCCGGAAUUUUGUGAACGUUCGAGGAAGCGUAUUCGAACUUAUCUAAAAUCGUGCAGACGGAAUAAGAAAGCAAGAGAGGGAUGGGAUAAUGCUUCACGUCCGACUCCAGCUCACCUAACAUCAGUUCAAGCCGAACAGAUCCUGGCAAUGGCUUGCGAAAAUGAAAGUCUUAAUGCUAAGCGAAUGCGAAUCGGAUUAGACCCCAUAAGUCAAUCUCUUCCACUUACUAGUAAUAGUACAGUUACCACAGAUGUCGUUGCACCAUCCAUUACCUAUCCUGGAUUCCGUGCCACGCCAAGCACAACAGCGGUCAGUACAUCUGAACUGGACGCAGCACAACCUUCAACUACAACACAAACAGUAUCUUCAGCACGUAGUUCUCCCAUUAGCUUGACAACGAAUCUCCCUGCACCCGCUGAUUCAAAGCCAAAUACCCCAGCAGUUAAUGGUACGGUGACAAGCCAGAUUGCUAGUCCUUUGUAUCGUCCAACUGAAUUCACAUCGCCAACAUCAACUUCAUCACCAUAUACUUCGUCAACCCGACCGACCGCUGCAUACCCAGUUUUCUUUCCAGCUUCAAACAAUGUUAAUGCUACUCCCACUGAUCUGUCAAUGAAGCAACAUACUCCUACAACAACGCAACCAUGCAACCAGCAACUACCAACCCUACCGGUUAAUACAGGAGCACCUGUACCAGCAUCUGGUCGCCCGCCUCUUCUGUCACACAAGCUGAACCCGAACGAGAUGAGUGCAGUUCGUCAGCUCAUCACGGGCUAUAGGGAGAGUGCGGCAUUUCUGCUGAGAUCAGCAGACGAACUGGAACAAUUACUUCUUCAGCAGCAGUAAGGGAAACAAAAUGGUGCGAAAUACUCAUAAAUUACUACGCAUAAACAUAACUAUUUCGACUACAGGGCGAGAGAGCGUUUCAGAAGUUGAACUGUCAACUUAGUGCACAGAAACAAGUUCUUCUUUUCAAAACUAUUUUUUUUUUUCGUUGAAAAAGUUUACGUGGUUGCAUUGCAGUUUGUCUGGUACGCAUGCUUCUAGAUUUUUAGUAUAUUUUUCAAAUCCUUUUUCUCGCGAUUAAUUCAGCGGACUGGAAACGUAAAAGUAAGUAAACUACAAUUCUGGUAAAUACAAAUGUGAUAUUCAACUGAUUUUUUUGGCACAAAAAUAUUUCUUGGAUUUUUACAUUACUCAUUGUCAAAAGAGAACUAUUUCCUGGUAUUUUUAAAAAAGAAAUAAAACUGAUUUAAUUUUGAAUUAUUACUAAAAUUAUUUCCAGUAACUUACUUCCAAUUAUGAUAUAGAAUAGUAACCAUUAAUGGAGCUAGUUGAACAAUAGUUAGUGAAUAAAGGCAGGCUCAUUUUUAAUCUUUAAAAAAGGUUCUCCAAACCAUUGCACAAGCUUUCAUAACAAGGUGUCAAUCAAAUUUUCAGAAACUAUCCCAUUUUCAAAAUUUAUGUUUAAUUUCAGUCAAUUUCUUUCUAUGGAAAAGUAGAUAUUUUUUAAUUAAAUAAAUUAAAAAUAAUAAAACUCCGAAAUGUCAGAACAGGGUGAUAUAUUAAAACUUUGAGUAAAAAUGACUUUUACUGUUCAUUGUGAUUUAGUUUUAUAAUUUUGUCUUUUAAUUUAAAAAUUUUGAUGCUUUAGAAUAAUUUAAUUUUGAAAAUAAUCAGAUUUUUAUUUAUAAUUUCUUUAAAUAUAUUUCUUUCUUUCAGUCUAAUUUAUAAUUUAAUCCAUUCAAACUAGUAUAUACUAAAACAAACUUAUUUACUAAGAAUAAAACUACAAACGGGUGAUUCUCACAAGAAAAUUGAAUAUGAAAUAUUUGUUACUAUUGAAUUUAUAAAUAUUUAAUGAAAUUAAAUUACAUAAACUUUCUAUAUAUAAAUAUAUAUUUUCUAAUCUCGAUAGGUAUGUGUAUGUACUAAUUGUAAUAUUUCACUUUGUUUAGAAAUAAUAUUAAAGAAAACUACAUUCUUUUAGCUUUCUUAGGAAUCUUUUGUCGUUUCUUUAAGAACUCCCUAAAUAGAUGCCAUAAUAUAAACGUAAAUAAAGAUAAAUGUAAAAUACUUUACUUGAAAGUUCAUGAGAAAGUAAACUAAGAAAAUCGUAUUUAAAAAUUAAGAUAAAAAUUUGAAAUCAGGGCACGAUUAUAAAUUUUUAGAUUGUAGAAGUACUAAUAUAACAAAAGAAAGCUUUCGUUUAGUAAUAAAAAGUAACAAUUAAAGAAACCGAUUUUAUUUAUUAUUAUUUAUGUAUCUACGUUGUUUACCUUAACUUCUGGUGAAUACUAAAAAUGAAGUAUAGUUUUAAACAUUGAAAAUUAUAAUCAAAAUAAUAUAUAAUAAAUAAUGAAUGAAUAAA